CUCGGUGCCGCCGCCAUGGCGGAGCCGUGCGCGGGGCUCCUGAGCAGCGGCAGCGAGCGGCGGUGCCGGGCGCGGCUGGCGGCGGCGGCGGCGGCGGCGGCGGGGCGGCGGGGGGCGGCGGCGGCGGCGGUGCUGGUGCCGCUGUGCUCGGUGCGCGGCCGCCCCGCGCUGCUGUUCACGUUACGUUCCCGCCGCCUGGGCGGUCCCCACAGCGGUGACGUCAGUUUUCCCGGGGGGCGGCGGGACCCGGCGGACGGCGACGCGGUGGCAACGGCUUUACGGGAGACGCGGGAGGAGCUGGGGCUGGAGCUGGGAACACCGAGCGUCUGGGGGCAGCUGCGGCUGCUGCCCGACCGGCAGGGGCAGAUGGUGGCUCCCGUCGUGGCCAACCUGGGGGCCCUGGAGGGCUUGACGCUGACCCCCAACCCCGACGAGGUGGAAGAGAUCUUCACCCUGCCGCUGGCUCACCUCCUGCGGGAGGAGAACCAAGGCUACACGCACUUCCGCACCGCCGGCCGCUACGGCUACACCCUGCCCGUCUUCCUCAACGGCCCCCACAAGGUCUGGGGGCUGACGGCCAUCAUCACCGAGCUGACCCUGGAGCUGCUGGCACCCGACCGCUACCGUCGGAAGACCCACGUGUUGGCCCGCAGCCCCUCGGGCCGGCCCCCCGAGGGGAGCUCGGCCUGACGCCGGAGGGGAUAGGGUGACCCCCCUGGGUGCCAGGGUGGUGAUUUUGGGGAGGGAAACGGGGUGGGGGGGGGUUGCGUGUACAGGCGGAGCUCUCCCUGUGCCUCGGUUGUGCGGCUUCUUUCAUCCGCACACGGGGAUGGGCGGGAGGUGGCUGCCGUGGGGAAAUGGCAACCCCCCCCCCCAACACUCCGUCGGUGCUACCACCCACCGCACUCCCCGCGGCUGGUAUCACACACUGUGAUUUAGUAAAAAGCCAUGUUUGGA